UCUACCAGGGCCGAACGUUUGUGUUUGGUUCACAGCUGUUUCUCAGACGUUGAUCCUAGUGCCUAGCACAUAGAAGGCACGCACCCCCACGUUGUUGACCUGACAAAGGAUGGAGGGAUUGCGAUUCAGCCAGGGAAGGCAGCCCAGGUGGGAAGGGCCGGACCGCCAGGUGCAUCUCCUUCGCCCAAAGCCCCAGCCCGCCCCCAGCUUCACCUGGAGGCUGGGCCGGGCAGGCAGGAGUUAAGCGGUGCUCACGCUUCCGACCCGCAGGUGGCGCCGUCCCGCCUCUGUGCCAGACUCCGGGCGCUCCGAAGUGCGGGACAGAAUCGCAGCCAGCGCGGAGCCGAAGCUCAGCCCCGACUUGUUGAUUUCUCUCAAGCAGCAGCCGCCGCCGCCGCCGCGGGAGCAGAAGCAGGAGCAGGAGGAGGUGGAGCAGGAGGCGCCGCCCGACCGCGGACCUGCCACCCGCGCACCCAGCGUUCGCCCGCGCCCCCAACCUCGGAGAGGGCGCCCGGCCCCGCGGCGCCUGCAGCCCUAGCGCGUUGCCUGCCCGGCCGGCGUAGGCCGGGCCCGGCCCGGCCCCGGGUCCGCCGCUGCCCGCGGGCGGGGGCGCCCGGGCGGCCGGGGCGAUGCGCGGUCCCUGGCCCCGGGAAGCGGCCGCCCUGGGGCGGUCGGGAUGGAGGUGAGAAGACGGCCGUGACGCGCGCCCGCGCGGCCCCCUGCACCCCCAGCAGCCCACAGCGCUCCCUGCCCCCCUCCCCCGCGGCGGCCGGCCUUGCCGUCCAGUGACAGCGGCCUGGGGGGGCAGGGGGGGCGGGGGCAGCCGGACCAGCGAUGCCGGCGGGCAUGACGAAGCAUGGCUCCCGCUCCACCAGCUCGCUGCCGCCCGAGCCCAUGGAGAUCGUGCGCAGCAAGGCGUGCUCACGGCGCGUCCGCCUCAACGUCGGGGGUCUGGCGCACGAGGUGCUCUGGCGCACCCUGGACCGCCUGCCCCGCACGCGGCUGGGCAAGCUGCGGGACUGCAACACGCACGACUCGCUGCUCGAGGUAUGCGACGACUACAGCCUCGACGACAACGAAUACUUCUUCGACCGCCAUCCAGGCGCCUUCACCUCCAUCCUCAACUUCUACCGCACCGGGCGGCUGCACAUGAUGGAGGAGAUGUGCGCGCUGAGCUUCAGCCAAGAACUCGACUACUGGGGCAUCGAUGAAAUCUACCUGGAGUCCUGCUGCCAGGCCCGCUACCACCAGAAAAAGGAGCAGAUGAACGAGGAGCUCAAGCGGGAGGCAGAGACCCUGAGGGAGCGAGAGGGGGAGGAGUUCGAUAACACGUGCUGUGCAGAGAAGAGGAAAAAGCUCUGGGACCUCCUGGAGAAGCCCAAUUCUUCCGUGGCUGCCAAGAUCCUUGCCAUCAUUUCCAUCAUGUUCAUUGUCCUCUCCACCAUUGCCCUGUCGCUCAACACGCUGCCCGAGCUGCAGAGCCUUGACGAGUUCGGCCAGACCACAGACAACCCCCAGCUGGCUCACGUGGAGGCCGUGUGCAUCGCGUGGUUCACCAUGGAGUACCUGCUGCGGUUCCUCUCCUCACCCAAGAAGUGGAAGUUCUUCAAGGGCCCACUCAACGCCAUUGACUUGUUGGCCAUCUUGCCCUACUAUGUCACCAUCUUCCUCACCGAAUCCAACAAGAGUGUGCUGCAGUUCCAGAAUGUCCGCCGCGUGGUCCAGAUCUUCCGCAUCAUGCGUAUCCUCCGCAUCCUCAAGCUCGCACGCCACUCCACCGGCCUCCAGUCCUUGGGCUUCACCCUGCGAAGGAGCUACAAUGAGCUGGGCUUGCUCAUCCUUUUCCUCGCCAUGGGCAUCAUGAUCUUCUCCAGCCUUGUCUUCUUUGCCGAGAAGGACGAGGAUGACACCAAGUUCAAAAGCAUCCCGGCCUCUUUCUGGUGGGCCACCAUCACCAUGACGACGGUUGGGUAUGGAGACAUCUACCCCAAGACUCUCCUGGGGAAGAUUGUCGGAGGACUCUGCUGCAUUGCAGGUGUCCUGGUGAUUGCUCUUCCCAUCCCGAUCAUUGUCAAUAACUUCUCUGAGUUCUACAAGGAGCAGAAGAGGCAGGAGAAAGCAAUCAAGCGGAGAGAGGCUCUGGAGAGAGCCAAGAGGAAUGGCAGCAUUGUCUCCAUGAACAUGAAAGAUGCUUUCGCCCGGAGCAUCGAGAUGAUGGACAUUGUGGUAGAGAAAAAUGGAGAAAAUAUGAGUAAGAAGGACAAAGUACAAGAUAAUCACUUGUCUCCCAACAAAUGGAAAUGGACAAAGAGGACACUAUCUGAAACUAGCUCAAGUAAGUCCUUUGAAACCAAGGAGCAGGGAUCCCCUGAGAAGGCCAGAUCAUCUUCCAGUCCUCAGCACCUGAACGUCCAGCAGUUGGAAGACAUGUACAAUAAGAUGGCCAAGACCCAAUCUCAACCCAUCCUCAAUACCAAGGAGUCAACAACACAGAGCAAACCAAAGGAAGAACUUGAAAUGGAGAGUAUCCCCAGCCCUGUAGCGCCUCUGCCCACUCGUACAGAAGGGGUCAUCGACAUGCGAAGCAUGUCGAGCAUCGAUAGCUUCAUUAGCUGUGCCACAGACUUCCCCGAAGCCACCAGAUUCUCCCACAGCCCUUUGGCCUCACUCCCCAGCAAGACUGGGGGUAGCAUGGCCCCAGAGGUGGGCUGGCGGGGAGCUCUGGGUGCCAGUGGUGGGAGAUUUGUGGAGGCCAACCCCACCCCUGAUGCCAGCCAAUGCUCUUCUUUCUUCAUUGAGAGCCCCAAGAGUUCUAUGAAGACGAAUAACCCCCUGAAGCUACGAGCACUUAAAGUCAACUUCAUGGAGGGUGACCCCAGUCCACUAGUCCCCGUUCUGGGGAUGUACCAUGACCCUCUUAGGAACCGGGGGGGUGCAGCUGCUGUCGCUGGGCUAGAGUGUGCCACACUCUUGGACAGGCCUGUACUGAGCCCAGAGUCCUCCAUCUAUACCACAGCAAGUGCUAGGACACCCCCCCGGUCGCCUGAGAAACACACAGCAAUAGCAUUCAACUUCGAGGCAGGUAUCCACCAGUACAUUGAUGCAGACACAGACGAUGAGGGGCAGGUUCUCUACAGUGUAGAUUCCAGCCCUCCCAAGAGCGUGCAUGUGAGCACCAGUCCCAAGUUCAGCGUCGGGACAAGAUCAGAGAAGAACCACUUUGAAAGCUCCCCCUUACCCACCUCCCCUAAGUUCUUAAGGCAGAACUGUAUUUACUCGACAGAAGCAUUGACUGGAAAGGGCCCCAGUGGUCAGGAAAAGUGCAAACUCGAGAACCACAUCUCCCCUGACGUCUGCGUGUUGCCAGGGGGAGGAGCCCACGGAAGCACACGGGAUCAGAGCCUCUGAGCUACCCUACCUGCAGCAGAGACUUGUGGCAAGACCUAAGAGGCGUGCUGUUCGGCUGACCUGCCGCAGAGCUUUUCCGCACGAACUCGGACAGACAGGCUCUGCAGAGCCCCCAGGCAGAAGAGAGACUCCAGAGGAGGCUCCCUAGGGCCUGGAGAGCCAUGACAGGUACAGCAGGAUGAAGUGGGCCAAGCCACAGGCUAUGGCAUCUCCUUGUAACAACUCUGCUGCCCUCUUUGGGAGAUGACAUGGGCAGAACUCAUAGCCACCACUACCACAUGCUAGACCUCACCAAGACUACCUAGUCCCCACUUUUCUGUCACGGCUCUCCAUCGCAGCCUCAGGGGGCAACAUCUCCAUCCCUUGGGCUUCGGCUGGAGACGGACGCUGGACAACAACAAGUGGCCGGGUUGACCAAUUUCGUUUUGGGCAUUGCCCAGCCACCUCUAGGAACUCCUGUCCAUCGCCUCCUGGAUGGAUCCCACUGUCAGAAGGCUGCAGAGGAUGCUUGUGUCGUGGGGAAAUUUCUGCGCCAUAAACCACGGUCCCAGCGCAAAACCCUUCCUCAGAUGUCUUCAUCGACUUCAGUGUUCCGUAGUACCUGAGAUUUUAUUUUGAGAUAUCAUCAGGGUGAGUUGCACCACUUGUUCCCGAUUCUAAUUGCCCCCCGGCAACGUGGGAAGGGUUCAGACGGCAGGCACUCAGCCAACAGUGUGAACUGUGAACAUUGCUUUAGGGUUGUAUAAGGAAAACCCUCUCUGUACAUCACUAGCAUAGACUCAAAAGAUAUGCAAGAGUCAAAUAUGCAAAAGAAAUAGCUUAUUCAAAGAGACUGUAUGUUACCGAAGAACAGAAUAAAAUCUGAUUUUUUUUUUUACCUGCAAAAAUGGAAAAAAAAAAUCCCCAAUUGAAAUGCCCAGUUCAGACUUUUGAAUACUUCCUGUGGCAGCAGGGAAAGCAUCUACUAUGAUAGAAAUUCUUUUUUGUUUCCUGUGGUAUUCAAGUUUAAAAAAAAAAAAAAAAGUUAAAAUAAAAAGCACUUUAUGUUUUUCAAAAAUAGGUUCUACCAGGGACAGUGUCAACAUCUUGCACUUUAAAACAAGCACUAUUUCCCGUGGGCCACUUUUUGGGACUACAGUUGGGCUGUUAACUACAUGCCUGUGUCGGGCCACGGUGGGUGAUGUUGUGCGGGUAUUGCUGUCCGCCAUGUUGAAGUCUGUGGGCUCCUUCCCCGUCCCUCUGAAGCUUCCUGUUGGCCCCCUUUCGAGGAAGGGUACUUGAGCCCUGGAGUGGGGCCUCUCACAGAGUCCCGUGUGCAGGAGACAUGCGCAUCUCGGAAGAACACAGUAGGCGGUGGGCACUGGGUGUUUACUCUGUUCUCUUUCUCGUCAACCAGCUGUUGGUAUGUUUUCAGUGUCACUGUCUGUACUAAAACUCAGCUCUCCUUUCUGCAGCCAUCAAUGCAGCUAGUACAGACAAAAGCAAUAAGUAUUUGUGUGCGUUGUGAGUGGUUCCGGUGUAUUUCUUGGUGUUGGUCUCCCUGUCCUAGUUCGACGACCUGGCGUUGGCCUGCCUGAUUUUGGGUUCAGUAAGGACGGUGGUGUGGGCCGUUCCUCAGUUCAGACACAUUGGGUUGAGCCAUCGGUUAGCAUGAUGCCCUGCUGUUGGCCCAUCUGUCAGUCAAGAUGACAUAUCUGCCUGUCUUUAGUACAACGGACCGAUGUCGUUCCCUAAAUACAACGUGGAUGGACGAUGUCCCAAGUACAGUAGUGUAGAUCUGCCGGUCCACAGCACGGUGACAGGCACACGUCUUCCUGAUGGAACAAACAUGGUGUGGGUCUCCUGUUCCUCAUACAAUGUGUCAUUGGUCUGCCUGUGAGUGUGAUGGCAUGAGCCACCUGUCAGUACACAAAUAAUCAGAGUCAUUCUGCCUGCCCUCUGCACAAUGGCAUGCGGUUGGACCACCUGUCACAGGUGUCCACAGGAGUCAUCCCACCGCCCUUAAAAACACCUGUGCUCUGCUGAAUAUGUACCUGGUUCCUACUGCUUCUCAGUGUCUCCGGGGACUGUGGAUCCUUCCAAGAGGGUGCAGUCCUGUUCUUUGCUGUGUUAACAAAGGCUACGAUGCCGAUGCCGAAGUAUCUUGCCACUCUGAGGUAUCUUCAGAGCAUCCUCGCAGCCACUGCAAAGGGACUUAAGGGGCAGGGAAAGUGUGAGGUCAUCCUGUGCUGGUAGCACCAGAGAGAGAGGAAGCAGCCACGCCCCCAAGCGCUUUGCCGGGCACACAGCGCGGGCUGGGGGCCUACUGAGGAGCGGCCGACGGACAGUCCUCCCCGGCCCAUCUCAUCUCACCUGCCUCUUCUUUGUUUUCGUGACCAUUUAUGUCGGCCAUCAGCACAAACGUGAAAAUUCAGGGAAAACAAAUGCUUUUUGAUAAAAGUAAAUAGUUGUGAUUUCCGAUUCCGAUAUUUUUAGAGCUGAUGCUAUCUGUAAAAAUUAGUAACAAUAGUAAUAUAGUCUAUUUUACAUAUCAGGAAAGUGAACAUGUUUAAAUAUAGCCAUAUACAGCGAGAAGGAACUUACCACCCCUUCUUCAAAUCAAGGCAUUUCAUUUGUUGGUUGAAGCCGAUGAGAAGUGUACAGAUUGGAUAUGAUUUUUUUUUCUUUCUUUUUCUUUUUUUUUUAACUAAUAACCAAUUGGUGCAACUCUCCUUGUAACCAAAGGCCCUUUCUGCCUUGUGUGGUCACACAGGACCUGGCCCUUCCUUCCCUGUGUAGUUUGUCUGACUUUAAAGUAGCAUUUUAUGGAGUCACUUUUGAAGGACGAAUUCAGAAGUAUCAUUAAGAACCUACCUUUUCAGGCUUACUAGCCAGAGUCCUAUAGAGUUCUUAUAGAAACAGAAUAAUUGAAACUCAGCAUAUACUAUGCUUAGAAAGUAUUGCAUUAUGUUUUGGUUUUUUUUUUUUUUUCCUUUUACUUGUGUAUGUAUUGUGGGAAUAUAGCUUUUCCCCUGUGCCCAAUUCAAAAUAGAGUAUUGUAAGUUUUCCCAGGCCCCACCUGCCAAAAAGGAGCAUACCCCGAUUUUUAAUACGUGUACACCCUACCUGUACCUGUGUAUAUGCACUGGGAAAUCUACCUAAGAGUCUCCACUGAGAAGCUGACCUUGACAGACAGGUCCUCACGGAAGAGAGGAAGGCAUGGUCUGGAGGCAAAUACCACUUUACCUUGGUGAUCCAUAUCGCACCCAUUCCUGAACCAACAAAAACGGGGCGGGGGGGGGGUGG